UGCACACAUUGUCUGUUGAGCUAUCUACAAUUUCAGUAUACAUCUUCUGCUACUGACUGUUGACAUGGUUGAGUUCCGUGAUCUCUAUUCUAGAGUCUAGUUUCGUUAUAAAAAACACAUACUUUGUGGAGAAUUGAACCAAUAGAACCAGGAGCACAGGCUUCUCCUACUCACCAUGGCGUCCAGUGGGCAGUUCGAUGCUGUUAUCCAACAAAAUAUUGGAAAGUAUACUAAUAGAGAUCAGACACAAAGGGAUAUGCAAAGUGUUUUUGCUGCAUUCAAAGACCUACGACCUAAACUAGAUUCCCAUGUUUUUAAUGAUGGAAAAAGAAAGGAGCUCAUCUGCAUUGAUGGAACAAUCCCUGUACUCUACAAAGCCAACACAUACAACAUCCCGAUCUGUGUGUGGAUCCUUGAGACGCACCCACACAACCCCCCUCUAUGCUUUGUGCGUCCCACCAGUACCAUGCUUAUCAAGCCCUCUAAGCAUGUAGAUGCCAAUGGAAGGGUCUACCUGCCCUAUCUACAUGAUUGGAAACCAAACAACUCCGAUCUCGUUGGCCUGAUCCAGGUCAUGACGGUCGUCUUCGGAGAGAGCUCUCCCGUCUAUGCCAAAUCAGCAGGGCAGCCGCCGCCCCGCCCCUCCUACACCCCGCAAGGAGGUGGGAUGCCCCAACACCCCAGUUACCCCCAACCACAGCAAUCCUCCUUUAUGCCGAUGCCGAUGCCAGCCCCAGCCAAUGCUUCCAGCGGCUACUCCCAGCCCCAGCCCCAGUACCCCCCUUCCACUAACUACCAGCCCCCUGCUGUAGGUGGUAGUGGGUACACCCCUGGCUACCAGGGCUCAUCGGGUUACCCCUACCCCUACCAGCCAGGCCAGGCUACUCCAGGCCAGCAGACGCAGAGCCAGCCGUCUUACAGCCCUGCCGCUAUGGCUACAGCUAGCACUGCAGGUUCACAUCCACAAGUUAGUAGUCAAAGUAGUUUAUCAGACGAUGCUAUCAAGGCCUCACUCCAGUCAGCUGUAGAGGACAAACUCAAGAGAAAACUCAAGGAGAACUCAGAAAAAUUCCAGGCUGAGAUGGAUUCACUGACGGCUACCAAGGAGAAGCUGAAGAAUGGUCAGAGGAAACUAGAAGAAAUCAUCAACCAGUUGGAGUCAGAAACGGCUGAAGUGCGUCAGAACACACAGUUACUGAAACAGAAAGAUGAGGAGAUAAAGGCAGCGCUUUCUAAGAUGGAGGGUCGUGAUGAGCUAGACCUGGAUGACUCUGUAGUACCGACAGCACCACUGUACAAACAAUUGCUGAACUUGUUUGCGGAAGAGAUGACAAUUGAAGACACCUACUAUUACUUAAUGGAAGGACUCAAGAAGGAUGUCAUUAGCAUAGAUGAAUUCACAAAGAAUGUAAGAGAACUGUCGAGAAAGCAGUUCUUACUACGAGCUCACAUACAGAAGGUCAGACAAACAGCAGGCUUGCGAGAGAUCACGCCGUUAUGAGACCACUGGUCAAACACUUCUAGGAAAAAUAUGUAAAUUCUACGAUAUAUACAUGUGUAAUAUAUAUUGAACGAUUUUAGCUUGAAUAAUCUUGGGGGUAAUUACACACACUAGCUUGAAAAAGCAUUGAUGAUUAUCAAGCAUUUGGCAUACUUGUUUAAGAGUUUGCAUAUUCUGAUAUUUUUGAUAUUCUUAUAAAUGCAGCUGUAAGCCUGUUCAUAAAGAUUUGCAAAAAAUAUAACGUCAUGAAAGUUUCUGGUUUUACGUUUAUUCUUUAGUAAUUCUUAAAUAUGCAUCUAAUUCAAUUACAUGACCUAAAUGGUCUAUUUAGAUUUUUAGUAGCAUUUCAAAAGGCAGUCAUGUUAUUUCCUAGACUUUCUUUGAAAUACAUAUAAAUAUAGAAUGUAUUCUAUAUUGCACACUUUUCAAGCUAAUUUUUAAUUAUAACAUUUUACAAGCACAUCUGUGACAGAUUUUUCAUAACUUCAAAAUAUCUAAUUGCCUUUCAAUCCGUAGUCCUAUGUGAACAUCAUAUUUUGGUUUUUAUUGAAAUAAUUCAAGCAAUAUACUGCUAUUUUGUUGUAAAUUUAAUUAAAGAAAAUUCCUAUGACUAAGUGAUAAUUAGUUCAAAGUAUUCUUUUGACAAUACAUCUCUAAUCAUAUGCAUUUUUGCUGCCAUUGGUUUACUUUAUAAUUUAGAUGGUGUAUAUAUUUCAUUCAACUUAGUGAUAAAUCUGUACAUGACAAAUAAAAAAGAGGAACAAAUAAUACCCCCACACAUACCACUUUAUUCUCAAUGACGGGUGUCGAGACAAUUUUUGUUUCCACUUUUUGGAUUUGCUGAAGUAUAGAUAAAAUAUUCUAGGGUAAUUAAAAAAAUCAAAAAAAAUCUUACUAUUCUGAAAUUUCAAUUAUGAUUUAUUUAUUUCACUCAUUUGUAAGAUUUAUUGUUUGCUUGUAGUUGUCAUGAUAAAGAAUUUAACCAUUAAUACGCAUCUCAUCCAUUAAAUGAGCAUUGAGGAUAACUCUACCUAUCACUGGUUAAGGGAUAAAUGUAGUUUUAUAUCAUGAAAUAGUGAAAUAUUUCUUUCUGCUUGUAAAUUAUGUAUACAUGUAUCCUUUGAUUAAAUAAAAACUUAUGUAAAUUCCA